AUGGCGCCGAAACGGUUGGUACUGUGCUUCGAUGGUACAGACAACAAGUAUAGCGCCAGCGAAACUGACUCGAAUAUCGUCAAAAUUUACGAGUUAAUGGAUCGCGAAUCCCUGGAGCAGUACCAUUACUACCAGCCUGGUAUUGGGACGUAUGUCCCAAACAAACUCAACAACUCAACGGGAGGCCUCAGAGACAAAAUCGCCAUGCUUCGAGACUCAGGCUUCGGUACCUAUUUCGUCAACCACGUCAUUGGCGGUUACCAGUUUCUACUUCGCUACUACAAUCAAGGAGACAAGAUCUACAUCUUCGGAUUCAGCCGUGGCGCGUAUACCGCUCGCUUCCUAAGUGAGAUGAUCGAUAACAUCGGGCUCUUGUCAAUGGGCAAUGAAGAAAUGAUUUAUUUCGCAUGGGAAGCCUUUUGCGACUACCAAAAGAAUAGAGGCGCUGACAAGAAGAAAGAGACAGAGAAGGAAAACUUCAUGAAACAAUACAAACUCAGCUUUUGCCGAACGUGUGAUGGAGACAAGGGUGAGGUGAAGGUACAUUUUCUCGGUCUCUUCGAUUGCGUCAAUAGUGUCCUUGCUUUUAGUACAGCCAAAAGCAUGCCUAUGCCUCACCACCAGGAACACCCUGAAAACUCUUACCCAGCGAAUUUCGUCCGCCAUGCAGUUUCAAUCCACGAGCGUCGUGGGCUGUUCCAGCCGGUAUUGUUCGACCCAGAGCCAGGCGCACAAGAGGAACCUCCAUCCGGCACCACACAACUUGUUGAACGUUGGUUUGCAGGGAACCAUGGAGAUGUAGGAGGAGGAUGGAAGGCGCAUACUCAUCUUAAAGAGAAAGAGCCGUACCUUCUUUCAGACAUUCCACUUAUGUGGAUGAUCGAGCAAGUAAGAGAAGUUGAGGAGGCAGCUAGCAAACGCGGCGACAAGAACAUACUUGCUUGGCGUGAGACAUUCCCUCAAUCAGCAGAUAUUGAUUUUAAAAUUGUUCGGUCGGGCAAUUGGGAAUCGGUUUGCGAACAUGCUCAAAAGCAGAUCAAUUUAUGGGACUUGGAGAAGAACGACACCCCAAAACCAGCGGAUAGAAUCCGAAAAGUCCAGCGAAGGCUUCACGACGUUCUAAAGAGUGGGACUGACGGACCAGGUCCUAAAGGACUGGAGGAAUGGUUCAGGAAAUGGACGAAGAGAUCUUUUUGGUGGGUCACAGAACAUGUUCCCGUUCUUAGGUGGCAUAGAGUCGCAGUUGGAAGUGAAGGGCCUCAUGUGAAGCAUUGGAGAAUGACACGGUCGUUGAAUCAUGGUCGACCUCGUGAUAUCCCUGAGCAUGCUUGGGCGCACUGGAGCGUGCCGAAGCUCAGGGAGUGCCAGGUCAAGGGAGUUGGAGCUCUCGACCGGAUGAAUCGAAACGCCGAGAAGUUCAAAAAUGUAGAGAGGGGUCCUCCCGAACAAGCAAUUUGAAGGUUUUCUGGAUAGAACCCCUAUCUCGUUUCGGCUGUGGGGUUCCGUUUCAAUAAACAUAGAAUUUCUGUCGGAACGCUUGAGGAAUUCACCACUUUUCUUUGCAUCAUAUUGAUUAAUUCCUAAUCAGAUAUUUCACGUUUCCUUGGAGUAGUUUUUGAUGUAUCUAGCCCUAAGAUAUCCAAGCUGAUGCUCGUGAAAGUGGAGCAAUCACAACGCUUCACAGCGCUCGCUUAAAUAGGGGUUACCCCGGAAUGAU